AUGGGCGCGGCGCCGUGCGCCGCCGGAAACUUCGGGGCGCCCCUGGCGCUGACUCAGGAUGACCUGUGCCAGCGACUGGAGCACCUGGACCUCUCCAAGUGCCUGGCGCAGCAGGCGGCCCGCAAGGCGCGCCUGCAGGUCAACAUGGCCUGA